ACGUGUGGUUGAUUCCGUUCGAUCGUUUGGCGGUGCGGUGGUACUUACUGUUAUAAAAAAUUGCGCUCGUAAGUUUCAGACCACAUAUACACUGGCGUAUGUCCUUGGAUACGAGAGCCAACUUCUUUGUUUUCUUCUCCAUAGAUAAAAGCCCAACAAAACCCCAUUGUAAUGGAUUUUGAUCGAUCUCUAACUUCGAAUUCUCCAUAUCACAGCUCAACCCGUCGGAAUUUGAUCAGAUUCCGACCUUUAUCAUUAACUUUCCUACCAGUUUGUCAGUUUCCGGUCUAGUUAAUCCUCAGUUCUACGACCAUAUUCACCGGAAAAACAAGGUCUUGUGUCGAUCCUAAAAACUAGAAAAACUGUCUUAUACUGGUGGGGAUUGAAUUGCAGAGGAGGUGUGUUAUGGAUCAUUUAUCGUCCAUGCUCAAUGGGCUAGCGAGGUCUCUUUCGAUUAAGAAGGGGAGAAAUUCUGGCAAUUGUGGUGGAAGAGAGGCCGUGGAAAUGAUGGCGAAGGAAGCCAAGAAGAAUGACCUGAUAUUGAGGUCUUCAGGCACUGUUAAUGUCGAUGGGUCGAAGAAUUUUGCAUCAGUUUUCUCCAAGAGAGGGCAGAAAGGUAUCAACCAAGACUGCUUCAUUGUGUGGGAGGAAUUUGGAUGUCAAGAAGAUAUGAUGUUCUGUGGGAUAUUUGAUGGGCAUGGACCGUGGGGGCAUUUUGUGGCAAAGACAGUUAGAGAAUCGAUGCCUUCGUCUCUGCUAUGCAAUUGGCAGGAGACACUUGCUGAGGCUUCACUUGAUCCGGAUUUCGACUUAGAAUCAGAUAAGAAGCUUCAUAGGUUUAAUAUAUGGAAGCAUUCCUACUUGAAGACUUGUGCUGCUGUUGAUCAGGAGCUAGAGCGGCACCGCAAAAUUGAUUCCUUCUACAGUGGAACCACUGCUCUGACCAUUGUUAGGCAGGGUGAACUUAUCUUUAUUGCAAAUGUUGGUGAUUCCCGUGCUGUAUUGGCUACCACUUCUGACGAUGGCAGCUUGUUACCAGUUCAGCUUACUGUCGAUUUCAGGCCCAACAUACCCCAGGAAGCUGAGCGGAUAAUCCAGUGCAAUGGACGAGUGUUCUGCUUGCAUGAUGAGCCUGGGGUACACAGGGUCUGGCUGCCGAAUGAAGAAUCACCUGGGCUGGCAAUGUCUAGAGCCUUUGGAGACUACUGUGUGAAGGACUUCGGACUAACUUCUGUCCCUGAAGUGACACAAAGACACAUAACAGGGAAAGACCAAUUCAUUGUGCUGGCAACAGAUGGGGUAUGGGAUGUUGUUUCCAAUCAAGAAGCAGUGGAAAUUGUGAUAUCAACACCUGACAAAGAAAAGUCGGCUAAACGUCUGGUUGAAUGUGCUGUUCGAGCGUGGAAACGCAAGAGGAGGGGUGUUGCCAUCGAUGAUAUUUCAGCUAUUUGUCUCUUCUUUCACACUUCUCCUUCAUCACUUCAAAUUUUCCCUGUUACUACCCCUAAAUAAUAAAUAAGAAACAGCAGUGUUAAUUGC